GCCUACGUACUGUCAAGGCGGCACCCACAGCAACUUCCUUCCUCUCUGGGCAAGAUGGCGGGUGGCGAGGCCGGAGUGACUCUGGGGCAGCCGCACCUUUCUCGCCAGGAUCUCGCCACCUUGGAUGUUACAAAAUUAACACCACUUUCACAUGAAGUUAUCAGCAGACAAGCCACAAUUAAUAUAGGUACAAUUGGUCAUGUAGCUCAUGGGAAGUCCACAGUUGUAAAAGCCAUUUCUGGUGUUCACACAGUCAGGUUCAAAAAUGAACUAGAAAGAAACAUUACAAUCAAGCUUGGAUAUGCUAAUGCUAAGAUUUAUAAACUUGAUGACCCAAGUUGUCCUCGGCCAGAAUGUUACAAGUCAUGUGGAAGUGGUACACCUGAUGAGUUUCCUACAGACAUUCCAGGGACUAAAGGGAACUUCAAAUUAGUCAGACAUGUCUCCUUUGUUGACUGUCCAGGCCAUGAUAUUUUGAUGGCCACUAUGCUGAACGGUGCAGCAGUGAUGGAUGCAGCUCUUCUGUUAAUAGCUGGUAAUGAAUCUUGCCCUCAGCCACAGACUUCGGAACAUCUGGCAGCCAUAGAAAUCAUGAAGCUGAAGCAUAUUUUGAUCUUACAGAAUAAAAUUGAUUUGGUGAAAGAAAGUCAGGCUAAAGAACAGUAUGAACAGAUUCUUGCAUUUGUACAAGGCACUGUGGCAGAAGGCGCUCCUAUUAUUCCCAUUUCUGCUCAGCUGAAAUACAAUAUUGAAGUUGUCUGUGAGUACAUAGUAAAGAAAAUACCAGUACCCCCAAGAGACUUUACUUCAGAACCCCGACUUAUUGUUAUUAGAUCAUUUGAUGUCAACAAGCCUGGCUGUGAAGUUGAUGAUCUUAAGGGAGGUGUUGCUGGUGGUAGUAUUCUAAAAGGAGUAUUAAAGGUGGGCCAGGAGAUAGAAGUGAGACCUGGUAUUGUUUCCAAAGAUAGUGAAGGAAAACUCAUGUGUAAACCCAUCUUUUCCAAAAUUGUAUCACUUUUUGCAGAACAUAAUGAUCUUCAGUAUGCCGCCCCAGGGGGUCUUAUAGGAGUUGGAACAAAGAUCGAUCCCACUUUGUGCCGAGCUGACAGAAUGGUGGGGCAGGUUCUUGGUGCAGUUGGGGCUUUACCUGAGAUAUUCACAGAAUUGGAAAUAUCCUAUUUCCUACUUAGACGGCUCCUAGGUGUCCGUACUGAAGGAGAUAAGAAAGCAGCAAAAGUACAAAAGCUGUCGAAGAAUGAAGUGCUUAUGGUCAACAUAGGAUCCCUGUCGACAGGAGGGAGAGUUAGUGCUGUCAAGGCUGAUCUGGGUAAAAUCGUUUUGACUAAUCCUGUGUGCACAGAAGUAGGAGAAAAAAUUGCCCUUAGUCGAAGAGUUGAGAAACACUGGCGUUUAAUUGGUUGGGGUCAGAUAAGAAGAGGAGUGACAAUCAAGCCAACUGUGGAUGAUGACUGAAGAAUCCCAGCUAACUAAGUCAUUUGAACAGAGUUGAAAUUUGUCUUAACAAUGUAGGGUAUAUUUUCAAAGCAAUACUAGGGAAUUAAUUUCACAGCUCAUUACCUUUGUAGGUAACUGUAAGAUUUUUCUCAUCAUUUGGCAUCAAAAAUUUAAUCUCUAGUACUAACAAUAUGGGGUAUACAACAAAUGUCAAAA